UGGCUCCGGGAGGGGCUGCGGAGGAAAAGCGCCGGCCAGCGGCCUCGGGCGAGCAGGGACACCGCCGAGAAGCUCGGGGAAAGUUGGGCGAAACCUUCUAGGAAGCCGCUUGGUCAUUCAUGGCUAAGCCACAAAUUUAUUUCAGGCUGCGGAGUUUGCAAAGCUAAGCCGGGUCCGGUAUGGUUUCAGAUUGGUUGGGAACCGCGUGUUGAGAUUCCUGGGUUGGACUGGAUGACCCUUGGAGUUUUUUCCAGCUCUACAAUUCUUUGAUUCCAUAUACUGCUAUUAAGAUUUCCCUGCAAACCAACCUUAACGAUGAGCCCUUCACAAUGGGAUUUUCCUGUGGAACUAUGCUGCCGUCCUAUGGCCUUCGUUACACUCACGGGUUUGGAUGUAGUGUAUAAUGCUGUUCAUCGGGCAGUUUGGGACGCCUUUUGUGCAAACAGGAGAGCGGACAGAGUACCAAUUUCUUUCAAAGUACUCCCUGGGGAUCAUGAAUAUCCUAAAUGUAGGACAAAGAGAACAACGUAUGAAUGGUACAUUCCAAAAGGAAUCUUGAAGACUGGCUGGAUGAACAAACAUCUGAACUUGGUGCCUGCACUUGUUGUGGUGUUUUAUGAACUGGACUGGGAUGAGCCACAGUGGAAAGAAAAACAGUCAGAGUGUGCUACUAGAGUUGAAAUUGUCAGGCAGAGUUUGCAGGGAAGAAACACAAAAGUUGCUGUGGUUUUGAUUCAGAAGAAAACUCCGUUACCUCCAGGAGAAGACGUUAUUGCAUCUGAAAGGGCAGCGGCUUUAUGCAAUGCUUGUGACCUCUCUGGAAAGUCACUGUUCGUUUUGCCACAUACUGAUCACCUUGUAGGUUAUAUUAUAAGGUUAGAGAAUGCCUUCUAUGAACACGCACAGACAUACUACUAUACAGAAAUCCGCAGGGUGAAAUCUCAUAAAGAAUACCUGAACAAAACAACACAUCAGCUUCUGUUUGUUAGACACCAGUUCAAAAUAGGAUUCUUCAGUGAAUUGAAGCAAGACACACAGAAUGCUCUAAAAAAUUACAGAACUGCAUAUAAUCUUGUACAUGAACUGAGAGCUCAUGAAACAAACAUAUUGGAAAUCAAGACUAUGGCAGGAUUUAUAAACUACAAGAUUUGUCGCCUUUGUUUUCAACAUAAUACACCGCUGGAUGCAAUUGCACAGUUCAGAAAACACAUAGAUUUGUGCAAGAAAAAAAUUGGGAGUGCUGAAUUGGCUUUUGAGCAUGCUGCCUGGAUGUCAAAACAAUUCCAAGCUUUUGGAGAUUUGUUUGAUGAAGCUAUUAAACUAGGACUGACAGCUAUUCAAACUCAGAAUCCUGGUUUCUAUUACCAGCAGGCAGCAUACUAUGCACAAGAACGGAAGCAAUUGGCCAAUAGUCUCUGUAAUCAUGAGUCUUCCGUAAUAUAUCCCAAUCCAGAUCCACUGGAAACUCAAACUGGAAUGCUUGACUUCUACGGACAAAGACCAUGGAGGCAGGGAAUACUAAGCUUUGAUCUCAAUGAUCCCGAAAAGGAGAAAGUGGGAAUUUUGGCGCUGCAACUGAAAGAGAGAAAGGUUCUUCACUCUGAGCUAAUAAUCACCUUGCUGAGUAAUGCAGUUGCCCAAUUCAAGAAGUACAAAUGUCCAAGAAUGAAAAGUCACUUGAUGGUUCAGAUGGGUGAAGAGUAUUACGAUACUAAAGAUUACACCAAAGCUUUGAAGCUGCUAGAUUAUGUUUUAUGUGACUAUCGUAGUGAAGGAUGGUGGACUCUUCUUACUUCUAUACUGACCACAGCUCUAAAAUGUUCCUAUCUCAUGGCGCAAAUAAAAGAUUACCUUACAUACUCAUUAGAGCUGCUGGGAAGGGCGUCUACUUUGAAAGAAGAUCAAAAGUCUCGGAUAGAAAAGAAUCUGAUCAAAGUUCUCAUGAAUGAGACUCCAGAUCCAGAACCUGAAUGUGAUACUGCUUCUGUGAAAGCUGCCCAGAAGUUGUGGACUGACCGCGUUUCUCUGGCAGGAAGUAAUAUCUUUACAAUAGAAGUGCAAGACUUUAUUCCAUUCGUGCAGUGCAAAGCCAAGUUUCUUGCUCCAAGUUUUCAUGUUGAUACACCAGUUCAGUUUGACAUAUGCUUGAAAGCUGAUUGUCCACAUCCUAUCCGGUUUUCUAAGCUGUGUGUUAGCUUCAAUAAUCAGGAAUACAACCAAUAUUGUGUGGUGGAAGAAGCCUAUCAAAAAAGUGACAUGGAACCACCCAGCCAGGGGACAUUGUGUCUUAUCCCUGGUAAGACAAAGAAGUUCACUUUCAAAUUUGUGGCAAAAACUGAGGAUGUGGGAAAGAAGAUUGAGAUCACAUCAGUGGAUUUGAUUCUGGGUGGUGAGAACGGCCGGUGUUUGAUUUUGAACUGGCAUGGAGGAGGGGGAGAUGCAGCUUCUUCUCAAGAAGCACUGCUUGCAGCUCGUUCCUUCAAAAGGAGACCUAAACUUCCAGAUAAUGAGGUUCAUUGGGAUAGCCUUGCAGUUCAGACGAGCACCAUGGUCAUUUCCAGAGUGCCAAACAUUUCUGUACAGCUAAGUCACGAACCUCCUGCCCUGACAAAUGAAAUGUACUGUUUGGUUGUGACAAUUCAGUCACACGAGAAGACUGUUGCCAAAGAUGUAAAGCUCACAGCAGGCUUAAAACCAGGUCAAGAUGCAAACCUGACUCAAAAAACUCACGUGACUCUAAAUGGAACAGAAAUGUGUGAUGAUUCCUAUCCUGCUUUGCUUACUGAUAUCCCUGUAGGAGACUUGCAACCAGGUGAAAAGCUGGAGAAGACCUUAUAUAUUCACUGUGGAACAGUUGGUGCUAGGAUGUUUCUUGUAUAUGUUUCCUACCUAGUGAGUGCGACCAUUGAGGGAAAAGAGAUUAUCUGCAAAUGUCACAGGGAUGAAACAGUUACUGUGGAGACAGUAUUUCCAUUUGAGGUAGCUGUUAAGUUUGUCUCAGCUAAGUUUGAGCAUUUAGAUAAAGUGUUUUUGGACAUCCCAUUUUUGUUGAUGACAGACAUCCUCAGUGCUUCUCCUUGGGCCCUCACUAUUGUAACCAGCCAGCUGCAGCUUUCUCCUUCCAUGAUGCCUGUGGAUCAUCUAGAAUCUUACGUGGAGAAUGUUGUUUUACAGACAGGUGAAAGUGCUAGUGAAUGUUUUUGCCUUCGCUGUCCAUCACUUCCUACUGGUCAAAGUGGAGUGGCUACUGGAAGUUACGUAAUUUCCUGGAAAAGGCGCACAGCUGAGAAGAGCAUACCUGUUGUUAAUACUGUGAUCACACUCCCCCACGUUAUUGCAGAAAGUAUCCCACUCCAUGUUAACGCAGAUUUGCCCUCGUUUGGUCGAGUCAGAGAAUCCUUACCUGUAAAAUAUCACCUGCAAAAUAAGACGAAUAUUGUUCAAGAUGUGGAAGUGUUAGUGGAACCCAGUGAAGCCUUCAUGUUUUCUGGCCUUAAGCAGAUAAGAUUGCGAAUCCUUCCUGGUACCGAACAGGAAAUGUUAUACAACUUCUAUCCUCUCAUGGCUGGAUAUCAACAGCUUCCAUCACUUAAUAUCAACCUGCUACGGUUUCCAAAUUUCACCAACCAGCUGCUUAGAAGAUUUAUACCAACACACAUAUUUGUAAAGGGAGUGACUUCCUUGACCAACGUGAACAGCUGAAGGACUCAUUGGUUUGGUUAUGGCAAUUUCUUCAAUAUUGCAUUUCACCUCUGGGACAUAUAAAAUUAUUGUAUACUACUUUAUACCACUAGAGGUCAGUAUAAACAAAGAAAUAACGGUAGUAAGAAACAUUUUGUAAAGGAAACCCUGAUUUCUGCAAAAUAAAAUAACAUAUUAAAAAGCUAAAUAAUAUAUAUUUCAAA